UGACACAAAAUCUCAACAUAACUCACGUGCAUCGUUCUUAUUUAAAUUACCAAUGAUCGCAUUCUUACUUUCGUUGGUGAGUUUGUUGUGUGGAUGCCUUCAUGUCGCAGGAGUGUAUGCCUGGAUUUUGCCUGUUUCCGAGCCAAUUUCUUCUCAGAUUUGGACAGUUUCCCCUCCGGCGCAUUUCUCCCUGAAAUAUAUCAACAAGAAUAUCAGAGUGUGGUCAGAUGUCAGAGGCGAAUGAGCGGAUCGAGACACUGAUUGGUCAUUUGCAGGAAAGUAGCCAAAGUCAGUUGUUCCCAUGUCCCAUCCACUUGAAUGAAACUGCCUCUCCAGCCAUGGCUGCCAGUCCUCUGACCACCCAUGUCCUGGACACGGCACUGGGCCGACCGGCUCGGAACCUCGGCAUCGCGGUGUCGUACCAGAGACCCAACUCGCAGGAAUUUGAUCUCAUUGCCAAGGGGGCAACCAACAGGGAUGGCAGGGCUCCUGGCCUGCUGACCCAGGACCAGUUCAUCGCUGGAGUCUACAAGAUCAAGUUUGACACUGGCAGCUACUUCAAGUCCAUCAACACAACAGGAUUCUACCCAUAUGUGGAGGUUGUGUUUGAGAUAGCUGAUCCUAGUCAACACUACCAUGUGCCAUUGCUUCUAAGUCCAUACUCCUACAGUACCUAUAGAGGGAGCUAGCCUGUAGCACUAAGGCGUUGAAUGGGGGGAGGAGCUUGGAAAUGUAUUGGGGGCUGUGACAUAUACUUGUACGUACUCCAUUCGCAGUAAGCCUUUUGCAAGUUAAAUUUGAAUAAAAUCUGGCACACUGAGUUCUUUAAAUUCAACAUAAAAAUUUGAA